GUGGAGAAAAGGUCUUCUCACUUUCCUAUUUCUCUGCUUCUCCCACUCACUCCUUCCCAAGCUCAAAAAUGACCAACUUUCCUAAACCCAAAGCGAACCUCUCUUUCCUGAUCUCCCUCGUACUCUUCUUCUUCCCGCAGACAAUCUCGUCUCUCCCUCUCCCUCGCCCUUAUGGGCUCCGAUCUCCCCAACAUGCCCCUCGUUUUCUCCGAAAAUUUUCUCUCUCCAACAAUACGGGUCGUCUCGGAGCACCGCGUUACCGAUACGAGACCCGUUACUUCGACCAGAAUCUUGACCAUUUCAGCUUUUCGGACCUUCCCACGUUCCGUCAACGCUAUCUUAUCAAUACUGAAUAUUGGGGGGGCCCUACCAAGCUGGGUCCCAUAUUCUUGUACUGUGGCAAUGAAGGCGACAUCGAGUGGUUCGCGGCUAAUACCGGCUUCGUAUGGGAGCUCGCUCCUCGUUUCCGCGCGAUGAUCAUUUUUCCUGAGCAUAGGUACUAUGGCGAGUCAAUGCCAUACGGGAGUUGGGAAGAGGCAUACAAGAAUGCGAGUACAUUAGCGCAUUUAACUGCCGAGCAAGCGCUUGCCGAUUUUGCUGUGUUGAUCACUGAGCUGAAGAAGAAUUUCUCUGCCCAGGCUUGUCCUGUAGUGCUGUUUGGUGGAUCAUAUGGGGGAAUGUUGGCGGCGUGGAUGCGGCUGAAGUAUCCCCAUAUUGCCAUUGGGGCACUUGCUUCUUCAGCACCUGUUCUUCAAUUUGAGGAUAUUGUGCCUCCGGAGACAUUUUACAAUAUUGUUUCUAAUGAUUUUAGACGAGAGAGUAUUAGCUGCUUUAAUACUAUAAAAGAGUCUUGGGAUGUAAUAGAAUCAGAGGGACAGAAAACUAAUGGACUUUCCUAUCUGACUGAGACUUUUCGCUUUUGUAGGAAACUCGAGAGUACUGAUGAUAUUUCUAACUGGUUGUCUUCCGCCUAUAGUUAUUUGGCAAUGGCAGAUUACCCAUAUCCAGCUGACUUUUUAAUGCCAAUGCCUGCAAACCCAAUAAAGGAGGUAUGUAAAAAGAUUGACAACUGCCCUGAUGGUACUAGUAUCAUACAGCGCAUAGUCGAAGGAGUUAGUGUUUACUACAACUACACAGGAAAAGUCGAUUGCUUUGAUCUGGAUGACGAUCCUCAUGGUAUGAAUGGGUGGAACUGGCAGGCAUGCACUGAGAUGGUCAUGCCAACUUCUAGCAGCAAAGACGCUAGCAUGUUCCCAGCAUAUGAUUAUAACUAUACUUCCGAUGAAGAGUGGUGCUGGGAGAAUUACCGUGUCAAACCCAGGCCUACCUGGAUAAGCACUGAAUUUGGUGGGCAUGGAUUCAAGCAUACCCUGAAAAACUUUGGAAGUAACAUCAUCUUCUCAAAUGGGUUAUUAGAUCCUUGGAGUGGUGGCAGUGUUCUGGAAGAUAUAUCUGAAACCAUUGUAGCACUUGUUACAGAGAAAGGUGCCCAUCACUUAGAUCUGCGCCCGGCAACUGCAGAAGAUCCUGAUUGGCUGGUGGAGCAGAGAGCAGCUGAAGUCAAGUUGAUCCAAGGCUGGUUAGAUGAAUACUUUAAGAGAAAGAGAAAAGUUUUUGAUAUGUGAAAGUUCCUGAUCAACAAGGUACCUCUUCUGGAUUAGGAACUUGCAGUUGUCUAGUUUACCAUUGACUGUUGGCUCAAAUAUCUGAGGUAGUAUCUGUUUGAUGUUUCUAUUCUCCACGAGUUCUAGAAUGUAAAUAUCGCAGAAGAUUUGUUCCUGUCAGGUCAUUAGAGUUGGAUAAAUUGUUGGCACAGGGCCUUUUUUUAUGUUACUUGUUGCAAGCAUUCAACGCUCAAACCUUUGCUUCAACAUCCAUACAAAAGUCCACUAUGCAUAUACUGUAUAUCUACUUAAAUACUGUUAAGCGCAUAAAAUUGAUACA